GUUGAUUUCCGAUCAUAGAAGAGCUAGUGUAUGCGCUCAAGAUGGCGAGCUUGUUGAGGUCGGUCGCUCGACAAGGUCGGGUUUUGCAAAUAGUUUCUAAAAAUAAGUUCCUCCGAGUCCGUGCAGUCCCUUUAUUUCAACACGAGGCCUGCAUAUCGACGUCUGAAAAGAAAAAGGAUGUUGGUUCUACUGUUCAGCCGAUGGAAAAAUCUGCAGAACUUAAAAGAUUGACAGAAAUUUUCAAAGACUCAAACCCAAACAAAGAGGAGAAUUACGUAACAUAUGGCUUAGAUUCGGUAAACAGAGAUAAUGACUGGUUCUACCAUCACUUGACCAUGUUUUUGUGCAUCUCUGUUGGAAUCUGUGGAGGCAUUUUUAUUAUAGCUUAUCAACCAGACUACAAAUUCAUGGACUGGGCUCAGAGGGAAGCAUUCUUAGAAUUAGAACGCAGACAGAAGGAAGGCCUGCCCCUGGUGGACCCCGACUAUAUAAAAGCCGACUCAAUCGUUUUGCCGUCUGAUGAAGAGCUGGGAGACACUGAGAUCAUUAUUUAGAUUUUUUUUUUUAAUUGGGUGAAAUCUAUUUCUGUUACAUAAAAAAUGAUGUUAAUAUCUUAGUGCUGUGUUAAUAAUUUUUGUUUAUAGAUAUUCAUUUCAGGAUGGGGUUUUUUUUUUUUGUUGUUGUUGAGAGUCCACAUUUAAAUCUGAAAGGUUAUGUGUAAAUUCAGUUGUUUAUCAAUGAGAUAGAGUCAGCAGUGAGGUGAAUAUAAACUAUAUAGUCUAUCCUGAAAAACAGUUUUUUUUUGUUAAGACUGUAAGUACCUGAUUAGGUAGGUGUAAGUGAAUUGGUCUGAUUUGUUGCAGAAUAAAUUUUACAGCUUGUCCGGCAAUAGUGUCAUUGCUCUUAUGACUUACUGGGUUUUAAAAAUGUCUUUUGUCAUGCUAAUUGUAACUGUAAAUACAAGAAUAAAGAUAGUUUCAAUA